GCCGGCGCCUCCCGGCCCUUUAAGUCCCUUCCCCCGGCACCGCCCCCCGUCCCCGGACGCUGACAUCAGCCCUCAAAUAGCCGCGCGGGCUGGGUGCGGUCCCAUCGCAUCGCUCUAACACCAGGCCGUCGCCAGCAGACACUGCAUCAUUGCCAUGGCAAACAGGGGACCAGCCUACGGACUCAGCUGGGAGGUUCAGCAGAGGAUUGACAAGCAGUAUGAUCCAGAGCUGGAGCAGAUCCUCACCCAGUGGAUCCUGGCACAGUGUGGGGGCAUCCAGCCGCCUGAGCCCGGGAAAGAGAAAUUCCAGGAGUGGUUGAAAGAUGGCACAGUGCUCUGCAAACUCAUCAACAGCCUUUACCCAAAGGGCCAGGGGCCUGUUGCCAACACUGAUCCCUCAAACAAGGCCUUCAAGCAGAUGGAACAGAUCUCCCAGUUCCUGCGGGCUGCUGAGCACUAUGGCAUUGCCCCCACUGACAUCUUCCAGACUGUGGACCUCUGGGAAGGAAAGAACAUGGCCUGUGUGCAGAGGACCCUGAUGAACCUGGGGGGCUUGGCUGUCACAAAGCAAGAUGGGUUGUUUGUUGGAGACCCCAACUGGUUCCCCAAGAAAUCCCAGGAGAACCGCCGUGACUUCUCUAAAGACAAGCUGAAGGAGGGUCAGAAUGUGAUUGGGCUGCAGAUGGGCACCAACCGGGGUGCAUCGCAAGCAGGCAUGACAGGCUAUGGGAUGCCACGCCAGAUCCUCUGAUCAGCCCAGCGUGGCAGCACUCCCUCUCCUCCAUCCCUUCCCCCUCCUCUCUAGGGUUUAAUAUAUUUGUCUACAGUCUAGAAUAUUGGGGAGUGGUGCCUUGAACACCCCCUGCAAACUGCCACAGUGAAACCUGCCAGGGCCUUGUGCCCUGAAAGUCUUCAUUCAAAAUUCCCCAUUCCAGCACCUUGGGGGGGCCCUUGUCCCCAAUAUUGCACACUGGGUGCAAGACCCAGAACUCCCCUAAACUUACACCCUAGUUCUGUAGAGACCAAACUCCAUUUCCAUACGGACCAAAUGACUGUCUAGACUGAUAUUGGGACCAAUCAAGGCUGCCCCAUCCCACCCUUCCAUCAAAGCCAAGUGCCAAAGCCAUGGCUGCUAACAGCCAGCCAGAUCUCUCCUGCUUGGGGCUCUGUCUAAAGCAGCAAACCCACUUCUUGCAUUCCAGGUACCCAGGCCAGUGGCUCUUGCUGAUCUGUCAAUAGCCUUAGGACCAAAAAUCUCCCUUGCAGGGCUCCAUCUAGCUGCUCAGCUGUAAGACCUGUUAGCAAGUGUCUUGUCUCUAAUCCUGUGCUUGUGCUGCGGAGCUGUCUGUAUUGUCUGAGUAACUCUCCUGUGCUAGUAAGGAAACGUAACAUGAUGUCCCAGGCACCAGUAGCUGGGAUGCAGGCAGACUGCUGCCCAGCUGGGGCUGUGAAGAAAGGGCUGCAAUACCCUGCCCUGUCACCCCAGGACUUGGGACAGGGCAUUGUCAGCCAGCUGAUGGUCCACCCUGGGGGGUAGGAGCAGCUGUGUGCUGUGCUCUCACCAGGGGUGGAGGAGCUAGGAAGUGCAUUGCACCUGGAGCUAGCCCCAGUGUUACAACAGCAGGGGCCCUAUUGUUCCUGGCUGACAUGUGGCUUGACCCUAACCCUAGCUGGCCCAGCAGUGCUGCAUGCCCAGCUCUGGAGCUGGGCCGUAGCUGUCACCUGUGCUCUGAUUACUCUGACUGUGGAAUGUAUCUCUGAGGUCACCAAUCAAAAUAAAGGUCACCCAAAUCGUGUUUAUAA